UGUACUGUAAGACUUUUGUAAGAAACUGCAAAUAAUGGAAUUAGACAUCUAUUAUGUCAAUUUUGAAAAAAGAGAUGCUGUGGAUACAACUGGACCUCAAACACCAAAUCACCACCAGAAUGAAAGAAAAGCUCAAAAGUGCAGAGGAAGCAGGUGUUUGGUGUUGAUGACAGUGUGUCUCGGGAUCAUGUGUGUUCUUCUGCUGGUCUUCAUCACACUGUACAUCACCAUCACAGCAGAGAGAGACCUUUACAAGAACACAGUUGAAGAGUUCAUUCACACUAUCAACAGCUUACAGGACAAGGACACUGAUCUAUUGACUGAAAAAGACCAACUGAAGAACAACUUCAACUCUUUGAGUCAGAAGAAACUGGAGUUAGAGACUGAACUAAAUAAGUUAUCUACACAAGAAAAGGACAGGUUUUUCAUAUCCAGUGAGGAGAAGAGCUGGUCUGAGUGCAGGCAGUUCUGCAGAGAUCGAGGAGCUGAUCUGAUCAUUAUCAACACUGAAGAGAAGCAGAGGUUCAUAACUGCAUUAGUCAAGGAGGAUAUGUUUUUUGGUGCGUGGAUUGGUUUGUCUGAUUCUGAGACUGAGGGGAUCAUGAAAUGGGUGGAUAAUUCACCACUGAAACAAGGGUUUUUUGAUAGCGGUGAGCCAAAUAACCUUGGAGAUGAGGACUGUACUGAAGUGGAUCCUGGAAGAGGCCCUGUGAACAACUGGAAUGAUGCGCCGUGCUUUAUGGGGAAGAAAUGUAUUUGUGAGAAAUAA